UGCCGGGACGCGGUAGCUCGAUUCUUCAGAAGAGCAGCGCUCGUCCAGAACGAUUGCAGCGCUCUGCCCCACUCUACUCCGAGCGUUGUCUCCGGCCCGUCGCCGCGGCCUUUCCAGCCCCGGGCUCGCGCUACGGGCCUCCCCGGCGGCACAGCUACACCGCGCGGCGGACUCGUAGCCCUGCUGCGGAGCCGCCUCUCUGCUCCUUCGGUGCUGCAGUUAGGCCGCGCGACCUCAGGCCUCUGUCAGCGGCAGCCCCCGGCGGGUGAUGCCAAAUACAGCCAUGAAGAAAAAGGUGCUGUUGAUGGGGAAGAGCGGGUCGGGGAAGACCAGCAUGCGGUCGAUUAUCUUUGCAAAUUACAUUGCCCGCGACACCAGGCGCCUGGGCGCCACCAUUGACGUGGAGCACUCCCAUGUCCGAUUCUUGGGGAACCUGGUGCUGAACCUGUGGGACUGUGGUGGGCAGGACACCUUUAUGGAAAACUACUUCACCAGCCAGCGAGACAAUAUCUUCCGUAAUGUCGAGGUGUUGAUUUACGUGUUUGACGUGGAGAGCCGCGAACUGGAAAAGGACAUGCAUUAUUACCAGUCCUGCCUGGAGGCCAUCCUCCAGAACUCACCUGAUGCCAAAAUCUUCUGCCUGGUGCACAAAAUGGAUCUGGUUCAGGAGGAUCAGCGUGACCUGAUUUUUAAAGAGCGAGAGGAAGACCUGAGGCGUUUGUCCCGCCCACUGGAGUGCGCUUGUUUUCGAACGUCCAUCUGGGAUGAAACGCUCUACAAGGCCUGGUCCAGUAUUGUCUACCAGCUGAUCCCCAACGUUCAGCAGCUGGAGAUGAACCUAAGGAAUUUUGCCCAAAUUAUUGAGGCUGAUGAAGUUCUGCUGUUCGAGAGAGCUACGUUCCUGGUGAUUUCCCAUUACCAGUGCAAAGAGCAGCGUGAUGUCCACCGAUUUGAGAAGAUCAGCAACAUCAUUAAGCAGUUCAAGCUGAGCUGCAGUAAAUUGGCUGCUUCUUUCCAGAGCAUGGAAGUUAGGAAUUCUAACUUCGCAGCUUUCAUCGACAUCUUCACUUCAAACACAUAUGUGAUGGUUGUUAUGUCGGAUCCAUCCAUCCCUUCUGCAGCUACUCUGAUCAACAUUCGCAAUGCCAGGAAACACUUUGAGAAGCUGGAGAGAGUGGAUGGCCCCAAACACAGCCUUCUUAUGCGUUAAACACUGCCAAAUGCUCUCUAUGAAAAUGCUGUUACCUUUUUUUGCAUCUUUUUUUAGUAUUCAUGUGUGCUUAAAAGUGGGCUUUGAAAUGUGUGCUUCUUACUGCUUCCAUUUUUAUUCCCUAUUCUCUAGUCUUUAAACAAUGGACGUUAUUUACUCAGCUAUCUAUUAGUGCUUCAAGAUGGCCUUUUCUGAAAAGUUGGUAUGGUGUGACACUAAAGUAGGUGGUUUGUGUGUGUUCUGAUUACCUGGUUAUAGUAGAUUUGCACAUCAAAGCCUUUACCACUACCUUCCUGUAUUAUCAGAUUGCAAAGAUGCAAUGUUACUAUUUUAUCAGCAAAGUGUUAUAAUGCAUUUAUAAAUUCUUGGCUUCAAUCAUGAAUAAAGGUUUACUGAUUAGCAAUUUAAAA